AUUGCUUAUGGAUGUGACGAAGCUUCCGGCCGCCAACAGCGACCCUAGUCUUUUCGCGGUAAAAUGAAAUGAGCGUCUGGCGUUGAUCAGGUUUGUCCGGAGCUCUGACAUCUCCCGCCACAUUAACUUUGAGUUAACUGCUUCAACUCGAAGACCGAGUCGCUGUUAUGAAGUGACAGUAGAAAGCGACCUGCUGACGUUUCUUCUUCAUCAUAGUAAAUACACCGAGGGGAACAAUGGUGCUAGUGACCGCAGAGAGCUUAAAGUCCGAGCUGGACAUAUUCUGCAUCCCCUGUCCCGACGAGUCGGUCCUCGACAAGAUGGUGGAGCUGUGUAUUUGCAGCAGGAUAGAGGCAGAUACAAUAUUGCUGGAGUGGGUCGCCUACAGCUCCACAAGAAAUGUUAAACUUGCCAUGGACACCCUGGAGCAAUUCAAGCAUGAGGUUUUGAACAAGAGGAAAUCCAAGCAAAGCUUCAGAAAAGAAGAAAGUCAAAACAGAACCAGAGACAUUCACUCACUGCAGGACUUAAUCAAAGCAGAGGAAGAGGAAGACGAUCUUCUAGAUUCCUACUCUACUCCUGCAAAGGGCUCUCAGAAGCGAGCACUGACCACUCCUGAACACCCUCAUUCAAAGAGGAGUACAGCUCUGCUGGCCAGCCCAGGGCUCCUGCUGUCUCCUGCCAGCUUCUCUCCCAGUGCAACGCCAUCACAGAAGUACAGCCAGCGAGGAGGGAAAGGGGAGGUGGUGGUCACGUUCGGGGCUGUGCAGGGCGCCCGCUGGGUCGGCAGGAAGGCUCCAGGUGCAGGCGUCCAGCUGGAGCUGUUGGAUGGUUCGGAAGGCUCCCUCCACUGCAGCUACAAGUACAUGUUCCAAAGGCUGCGAGAUGUUCGAAAUGUGUUGACGGACAAGAUAGAGGAGCUGGGAGAACGCCUCAAAUCUCACUUCAACAUCGAAGAGUUCUCUCCCGUCUCUUUGCCAGCGCAGGACAGUAUAACAGUGCUGGGACAGGUGUGCUGCGACGGUAACGGCAAACUGAACGCACAGUCGGUUCUGUUGGAGGCGGGACCAGAGCAAGGUGGUCAGCAAGUACCCGUUGACCUAUCAGAGCUCAACGAGUACUCCCUGUUUCCUGGUCAGGUGGUGAUGAUGGAGGGGAUGAACACAACAGGAAAAAAACUGAUGGCUUCCAAACUGUAUGAGGGCGUCCCUCUUCCUUUCUACACCCCUGAGAUGAAAAUGGAGAUGUAUGAAGAACCGAUGAAUGUCCUUGUGGCUUGUGGACCAUACACACCAUCUGGCUCUCUGACCUUUGACCCUCUGCUGGAUCUGAUCAGUAUCAUCGUCAGAGAUCGUCCUGAUGUCUGCCUGCUGCUUGGCCCAUUUCUGGAUUCCAAACAUGAACAAAUCGAGAAAGCUCAGGUGACUGAGACGUUUGAGGCCAUUUUCUUAAGAUGUAUUGAAAGCAUUGUGGAUGGGACCAAAAGUGUUGGCUGUCAUCUGGUGUUCGUGCCCUCACAGAGAGACAUCCACCAUCAUUUCAUCUACCCACAGCCUCCUUUCACUCUGCCAAACCUCAGCAAGGACCAGGCUCAGCGUGUCACCCUGGUCCCUGACCCCUGCACCCUCCUGAUCGACGGUGUGACCUUUGGCUUGACAUCCACUGACAUCCUGUUCCACAUGGGCGCAGAGGAGAUCAGCUGUGGCACCGGAUCAGACAGAUUUUCCCGCAUACUGAAACACAUUCUGACACAGAGGAGUUACUACCCGCUGUAUCCGCCUGUGGAGGAGGUCAACAUGGACUAUGAGAAGUUCCAGAGCUUCGGUCAGAUGCCGCUCACCCCCGACGUUCUUAUCAUUCCCUCUGAGCUGCGCUACUUUGUAAAGGAUGUGGUUGGCUGCGUCUGUGUCAAUCCUGGACGGCUAACAAAAGGCCAAGUGGGCGGGACCUACGGCAGGCUGCUGAUUCAGCACGCCACGUCAGAGGAUGGGAAAAGAGCGAGCCCCUGUUUAACUGCUCAGGUGGUGAAAAUCUAACAAGAGAUCAGACUUUUCAUUCUCACCGUCACACAAACAAUCAACUCUUGGAACUUUUGAAACCACCUCACACAGUUUAGUCAGUUCCAUACGACCAACAUGUUGAGGGUGUGUACGUUCUUUGGAGGAAAGGUGGGUUCAGUCUCUCUGCUACAGCAGAAAUAAACACCAAUAAAUUAUUGUCAACAUUGGAAGUUAAUUAUGUACUUUGUUCUCCCUGAGAGUGUUAUUGUUCACCUGUGGUUUGUGUUGCCUACACAACAAGUAAAUGUUUUUUGUUUCACAGUCCUUUCUCCUUUCCUGUUCUAAAGCUUUAUAUCUGUGGUUCUGUUCAGAGGAGAAAUAAAUCUAGAAACUACUAGAUAAUGCAAUGUA